UUGCUCCAUCGGCAGAGCACAGCGCGCAGCUGCCGAUGACGCCUGGGAGGAGCUAGUGCACAUACUCUCAUCGCUGAGCGAUUCGUCUCAUCAGAAUCCCCAGAGUGUGGUACUCACGGAUCACAAAGAGAUCAUGGUCUCCAGAUCGUAUUCCAACCUUCUCGAUCUCUCCGGGGAGUACCCGACUUUCAUGCGCAGUGGAAGCAGCAGGCGGAUGUCCAGAGUAAUGACGGUGCCUGGGAUGUGCUCCGAGAGCAGGGAGGAAGAGUCGGUUGCCAACCUCACCCCAGGAGAGAACGUAUCGUCCUCGAUCUCUCAGGACAGGGCCAUCAUCGUGUCAAACGUUUUGCCCCUCCACGCUAGCAGGCGUCCGGAUAAUCUGUCUUGGGUUUUCAGCUGGGACGAGGACUCUCUCCUUCUCAGGCUGAAAGACGGUCUGCCGGAAGACAUGGAAGUUCUAUACGUCGGCUGCUUGUCCGUGGACGUGGAACUCAGCGAACAGGAUGAGGUAGCAGCGUAUCUUCUCGACAACUUCAACUGCGUCCCGACUUUCAUUCCGCCGGAUCUGAGGAACAGGUACUACAUUGGGUUCUGCAAGCAGCAGCUGUGGCCUCUCUUCCACUACACUCUGCCGCUGACCCCGGAGCACGGUGGACGAUUUGAUCGACCACUGUGGCAGGCCUACCUUUCUGUGAACAAGCUGUUUGCGGACAAGGUGAUGGAGAUCAUCAGCCCGGACGAGGAUUACGUGUGGGUUCACGACUACCAUCUCAUGGUUCUGCCGACCUUUCUCAGAAAGAGGUUCAACAGGAUAAGGCUCGGGUUUUUCCUACACAGUCCGUUUCCUUCGUCGGAGAUAUACAGGACACUUCCGGUUCGGGAACAUAUACUGAGAGCGCUCCUCAACGCUGAUUUGAUUGGCUUCCACACCUUCGACUAUGCGCGGCAUUUUCUUUCGUGCUGUAGCAGGAUGUUGGGACUGAAUUACGAAUCUAAGCGGGGCUACAUCGGGCUAGAAUAUUAUGGACGCACAGUUGGGAUCAAAAUAAUGCCGGUCGGGAUUCAUAUGGGUCAGCUUGAAGCAGGCUUGAUUCGCAGUGACACGGAAUUGCGUAUAGCAGAUCUGAAAGCACAGUACCAAGGCAAGGUUGUGCUACUUGGUGUGGACGACAUGGAUAUUUUCAAGGGGAUUGGACUUAAGUUCCUGGCGAUGGAGCAGCUUUUGAAUCAGAGGCCGGAAUGGAGAGGCAAGGUGGUGAUGAUACAGAUUGCAAAUCCAGCCAGGGGCCGUGGCAAAGAUGUUCUUGAGGUGCAGCACGAGGCCUAUUCAGUGGCGAAGAGGAUCAACCAGGCUUACGGAAGGGAUGGAUACCAGCCCGUGGUUCUACUGGAGAGACACGUUCCAUUCCCGGAAAGGAUCGCUUACUACACCAUUGCGGAGUGCUGCGUGGUGACUGCUGUGCGGGAUGGUAUGAAUCUCAUUCCGUACGAGUAUAUAGUGUGCCGGCAAGGCAGCAGCGCUGCCUCGAAUGGCACGGAGGGAGAGUCGCUGAAGAAGAGCAUGCUCGUCGUAUCAGAGUUCAUUGGCUGCUCACCAUCGCUGAGCGGCGCGAUCCGGGUCAAUCCUUGGAACAUCGAAGCGGUUGCGGAAGCGAUGAUCAUGGCUAUAAGCAUUCCAGAGUCAGAGAAGCAUGCCAGGCACGAGAAGCACUACAAAUACGUGAGCUCCCACGACGUAGCAUACUGGUCGCAGAGUUUCAUGGGAGACUUGGAAAGAACCUGCAGUGGACACACUCGAAGGCGAUGCUAUGGGAUUGGCUUUGGCCUGGGAUUCAGAGUGGUGGCGCUGGAUCCCAACUUUAGGAAGCUGUCUAUGGAGCAUAUAGUGUCCGCGUACCGAAGGAGCAAGAGCAGGGCCAUUUUACUGGACUACGACGGAACCAUGAUGCCUCAAGCGUCAAUAAACAAGACCCCCAGUCCGGAAGUUCUACUGGUGCUGAACUCCUUGUGUAGCAAUCCCAAGAACAUCGUCUUCAUUGUGAGCGGUCGCGACAGGCAAAUACUCAGCAACUGGUUCUCGCCCUGUGAGAAGCUCGGCCUGGCCGCCGAGCACGGAUAUUUCUAUCGGUGGAUAAGAGAUUCAGAUUGGCAGACUCUCGUCCCGGUCGUGGAUUUUGAAUGGAAGCAAGUGGCUACUCCGGUCAUGAAACUAUACACGGAAAGCACAGACGGUUCGUGCAUCGAGUCGAAGGAAAGCGCUCUCGUCUGGCACUACGGCGAUGCGGAUCCAGAUUUUGGAUCGUGGCAGGCAAAGGAGCUCCAUGACCAUCUUGAGAGCGUGCUUGCAAACGAUCCAGUCUCGGUAAAGAGCGGGCAGCACAUAGUGGAAGUGAAACCACAGGGUGUAAGCAAGGGCGUGGUUGUCGACAAGCUUUUGGCUUCCAUGGCAAGCAAGGGAACGCCAAUCGACUUCAUUGUGUGCGUUGGGGACGAUAGAUCGGACGAAGACAUGUUUGAGACGAUCGACACGGCGGUGGCAUCACCUCCGCUUUCGUCUAAUACGGAGAUAUUUGCCUGCACGGUUGGGCAGAAGCCCAGCAAAGCAAAGUACUACCUCGACGACACUGCGGACGUGAUCAAGAUGUUACAGGUCUUGUCCACUGCGCCUGAUCCAUGAAGAACGCGGCCAAUGGAAUCCAGCCAACGGAGAAAGCUCAAAGGAAAAGCCAAACGAGCAAAGCAAGCGAUGUUAUCAGUGAAGUCUGCCACAACAAUGCAUGAAUUGAUAUGAUUCAGAAAAUAUAUCAAAUCGAUUACGUCAUUGACAAAACUUAAGGAGAAAAAAGUGUGAUAGCUCUCAGGGGAUAUGCCAUGCCCCAACGACCACCAGGAAGAUAGUAAACGAAACUGUGAGCUCAUACCAUGUGACGCAAUCGUGACUGCAAAGCGGCAGCUCUCUUUCUCCUCCGAAAUCGCCAAUAGAUCACUGCUAAAAGCGCCAACCAAGCUAGAGGUAUCAACCACCUGCAAUGCAAAAGCAAAAGAGAAGCGAAAAAACUCUUUAGUUUUGAGCUCUA